CCGAGCGAGGACGUAUCGCAGUCACUCGCACGUUUAUAUACGUACAUAAACGCGUAAUAAUAACAUAAGCUCGCGCGUCACACACACUGAUAAGUCGUCCAGCCUACCCUUGAUUAUAAUACUCGCACGCACACCUUUGUUGCCGCGGCGAGCAAUCGUGUAUUUAUAAUUAAUCCAUGAUAUACGCAGAGGUGUCUGCACCUGUCGCAAAAAUUGAUCGACCCCCUCGAUGUGUUUUUGUCCGCGAUCGAUGGACAGCAGCAGCAGUAGCAGCAGCAGUGAAAGCAGCUACGACGACCAAGUACAGAGGUAUAGUUGCGCGCACGCGUAACAACGCGUCGACGGGAUCGAGUUUUGUUUACUCGACACCUGGAAGUAGUCGCGCGUGUAAUUACAUCACCUUCUUUUGCUCUUACACCGCAGUGAGCGGAGGCUAGAGAUAAUUUGAACUUCGGAGUCCUCGCGCUGCGAAGAAGAACGUCAUGCAGGACCAGGCGACGACGUCCUCGAGGCGCUGGGCUCGCGGCCGAUCCUAUCUCAAGCGACUGAUGAGGAGCCGCUUGCCGAUUCUGCAGUGGCUGCCCAGUUACAAUCGGGACAAGGCCCUGUGCGACAUGAUCGCCGGCGUCACCGUGGGACUCACGGUCAUGCCACAGGGUCUGGCGUACGCCACCCUCGCCGGACUCGAACCACAGUACGGCCUGUACUCGGCCUUCAUCGGCGCGAUGAUCUACGUCGUGUUCGGCUCCUGCAAGGACAUCACCAUCGGCCCGACGGCCCUCAUGUCCCUCAUGACGUAUCAAUACGUGCAGAAUCGCGGCCCGGACUUCGCCGUCCUGCUCGCCUUUCUCGCCGGCCUGAUGCAGCUGCUCAUGGCGGCUCUGCGUCUCGGCGUCCUGGUCGACUUCAUCUCGAUCCCCGUCACCGUGGGCUUCACCUCGGCCACGUCGGUCAUCAUCGUCGCGUCGCAGCUCAAGGGCCUGCUCGGCCUGAGGAUAUCGCCCCAGGGCUUCCUCGACACCGUGGCCCAGGUGGCCAACAACAUCCACAAGACCAGCUACUGGGACGCCGGCAUGAGUCUGAGCUGCAUCGUCGCGCUGCUGCUCUUCAGGCGCAUGAAGGACGUGAAGCUGUGGGCCGCGGCCGACAAAGCGACGCCGCGACAGAGGAGCCUCGCCAAGCUGCUCUGGCUCGUCUCGACCGCCCGCAACGCCAUCGUCGUCGUCGUCUGCUCGAGCAUCGCCUACCAAGUGCAGAGGGUCUGGUCCUAUUCGCCUUUCGUGCUCACGGGACCGGUGAAGCACGGCCUGCCACGGUUCAGCUUGCCGCCGUUUUCCACGACCGUGGGCAAUCGCACUCUCGACUUCAUGGAGAUGUGCCAGGAGCUCGGGCCCUCGAUCGUCCUCGUGCCCAUAAUCGGCGUGCUGGGCAACGUCGCCAUCGCCAAGGCCUUCGCCAGCGGCAAUCAGGUGGACGCGACCCAGGAGCUCGUCACCCUGGGCGUGUGCAACGUCGUCGGCUCGUUGGCCAGCUCGAUGCCGGUCACCGGCUCCUUCAGCCGCUCCGCCGUCAAUCACGCCUCGGGCGUCAAGACGCCCAUGGGCGGACUCUACACGGGCCUGCUGAUACUGCUCGCGCUGACCCUGCUCACGCCCUACUUUUACUUCAUUCCCAAGGCGUCGCUGGCUGCGGUGAUCAUCUGCGCGGUCGUCUACAUGAUCGAGUACGAGGUCGUCAAGCUCAUGUGGAGGUCCAGCAGGAAGGAUCUCGUGCCGACCUUCGCCACCUUCGUCCUGUGUCUCGUCAUCGGCGUCGAGUACGGGAUCGUCGCCGGAGUCGCGAUCAAUUUGGUAUUCCUGCUGUAUCCCUCGGCCAGGCCGCAAGUCAACGUCGAAAAGCAAAUCACGAGUUCCGGAGCUGAAUAUUUGAUGGUAACGCCGAGCAACAGUUUGUACUUUCCUGCUGUCGAUUUCAUCAAGCAAUCGGUGGGCAAUGCUGGGAUCACCGAAGGAUCGAGCCAAAUACCCGUUGUCGUUGACUGCAGAUACAUGCUCGGGGCUGACUUUACCGCCGCCAAAGGUAUAGCCGCUUUGAUAAUGGAAUUCAACAGUCGCAAACAGGGGUUGUACUUUUACAAUCCUCGCUGCGACGUGGUUGCCGUACUGAGAGGCGCCUGCGGCGAUGAUUUUCAGUACGUCUCGACGAGCGACGAGCUCGCGCAUCUCUUGCACAGCGCGACGGAUCGCGGCUCGUCGCAUCAGUUGCUGGAAAUCGAACGCGAGAUCGUCGACGAUCGCCUCGCUUCAAACGGUCGAAAUGAUUAUUCCGUGAAUCAGGAAUUGAAAGAAGUUAAAACUAAUUUGCUGCAAAUCGGCGCCAGUUGAUGAAGAAUUUGACAAAGUGGAUCUUGUAAUACCGCUCGUAUAUAUAAUAGAAAAUCAACGGGUACACACUGUCGUGCGUAAAACUGAUGUUAACUCGUAAUAAGAAGUACCUUAGAAUUAAGUUUUUAAAGUUCUUCAGUAAUUUGCGUCGUAUUCGAACAUUUUUCAUGAAUCUGAUCAUUUUCAAGAUGUACAUAUCAUUAUUAAAAAAAUAAUUUAACACAGUGUUCUUGUGAAAAUUUUUUUUAUGAUUUUAGCAAAUAUUGGAAGAUUCUAUUGAUUAUUAUUCUAUUUUAGUACUUAGUUGUGUAGGUAGUUCUUAAUACUUAUAAUAUUGAUAUAAGAAGUAAAUUAAAUACUUUCGUGCUUUUGA